AUGCGCGCUCCGCCGAGCUCGGCGAGUCGUGCGCGCUAUGCGAAUACGGCUCAGUGCUCCUCCGGAGUCUUGCCUGGCGAGUGGGUUAGAGUCGGGUCAACGCGCAGUGACUCUCCGAGCGGCGUCCGAGAGAUCGCGUGCGGCGAGCAGCGCGCCGCGCCCCCGGUCUCGCACAGGGAAUGCGCCUGGCAGGUGGCGAUGGAGGCGGAGUGCGCGUGCGCCGGCCCGCCGCCCCCGCAGUUCCUGCUGCCGCCGCCCCCGCGGCCGCCCUUCCUCAGGGACCUCACCGAGUCGUCGUGCGCGCAGUCGCAGCACCCCGACACCUGUGACGUCGUCGCCGUGCUGGAGGCGCGCUGGCACGACGAUGAAGCUCUGUUGUCGGCCGUGGCGGCGGCCGCCUGCUCGCUGCUGCUGGUCGCCUUGGCAACCGCCGCCUCCAUCCUCCUCUGGAAGUACAAGAGGAAGAAGGCACGUGCCGCGCGUGAGGGCGUCCCGGACCAGAUGCGACCUCGGCCGAAGGACAGCGUCGGCCUGGAUGACGAAGCGCUCGACGCCGACGGCGCAGCCUACGAGGACGUCAUCCAGAUGCGAAUGCGCCGCGCUCCCUCCAACCACUACACCAGGGACCACCGGACGUCCCGGCUGCACCAGUACGCCGAACCUCUACAGGUAAAGGCAACCGGAAGCAGGACGAAACUGAGAAGAGACGAGGAGGAGCCACACUCGUUCGUCUGCUCCCUGUCCCGCGAUGGCUACGGUCACGUUUACCAAGAAAUUGGUCACGGCCUGAGUGGGGCACCCAGCUACGGAGAGCCACCCUGCUUGGCCGACGAGAGGGUGGCAGGUCUCAGUGGCGAGCCGAGGCCACCCACGCCCGACCUGUGCCGCCACUGGCCCGGCGGCGCUCCUCCCCCACCGCCCCCGCGGCCAUGGUCGCCGCCCCCGGGGGAGCCGCCUCCGCCGUACAGGACGCUGCCUCGGAGGCCGCUGCCGCCGCCGCAGCGAGACGCCGGCUGGCAGCCCGCCGCCCCCGCCGCCCCCGCCGCCUAUGCGUGCGUGCCGCUGCCCAGCUACGCGGCGGCCGCCGCCUCCGCGCCGCGCAGCCCGCCUCUGGGCCCGCCGCUGUCGCCGCCGCCCCCGCAACCCGCCGCCUUCGCCACCCACAGGAGGCCCUCCGACCGCCGCCGACAGCCGCCGCACGCGGCGCACCUAGCCACUGCGGGCCGGCGACAGCGCAACAGGGACCUGCCGCCCUCUUGGUGAAGGCUCCACUCUGCCGUCCUAGAGCGGAUCUUUCGCUGGACACAGUGCGGCGAAGCAGUCUCUGGCCCGGUGGGACCAGUUUGCUCUACACACCAAAGAUCUUGUACCAUAGUGACUCGCCUUGUGGAUGGACCACGAAUCCCUCAAAAUCGAAUCCUAGUGUGUUUAUUGCUUCUCUAUCUCCCUCUCUGCUUCUCCCCUUUCAGUGAGAUAAACUACGUAAAUUACAAAACUGAAUUCAUAUUUACAUACGUAAGUAUGCGUAUUCACCAUACCCAAAAAUAAAAGAUUCAAAACCGAUGUAAAAUUUAUUUGCCUUGAUCGCAUAUUUAUAGAAGAAUGAGAAAUUUCGACUUAUCAGGCAAUCAUCGUCAUAUGAUUGAAACCUCGUUAUACUGGGUAACUCGUAUGUCCCAAUUUGUUCUUACGUUACACUAGACGAGUUACUCCUGUAAGGGGGUUUAUGUAGUUUUAGGACGGAUGCCUAGUAAUUCAAAUCUUGCCAGUCUUGUAUAAAUUUCCGUUCACAUCAAAUAUAUUGUAUACUGAAAAUUACGAUGGCAUAUGUAACAAACUUGGAUAAUAUGUGGCUUGGAUGUUCGAUCGGAAUUCGACCCAAGUGUUUAACUGGCUUGGACAACAUUGCCUUUGUCGGCUUAUUCCUAAAAAAAUUAUUUGUAAUACCUUGUCCCCUCAUUACCGCUACUAGUUCGUCAUAGAACAAAAAUCGAUUUGCCAUUGUGUGGAAACUAGUCAGCACACAGUAGCUCGACUUCAGACUCCAUUAACUCAGUCGGAAAUAAGCAACUUUUUUUAAUAUUAUUGCCUGAAAACGAUUUUUCCUUGUACUUAAAAACUAGUUACACAAUCGAACUUCUGUGGAUAAAUUUCGUGGUAUAUGUUAGAUAUUGUGUCACCUGCUGAGGGCGAUCUGAAUUGUUAUAUUAUUCUGAAAUAUCAGGCACAUCAAGAUCGCUUGUAAAUCUUUUUAUUGCUUAUCAUUCUCGACAAAUAUAUGCUGCCAUCAUCUGAUCAAGUAACACAUUAACAAAAGUGCAUGGUCUUUACAAACUUGCAAGUCACAGAGUGUUGUUGGAGUCUUUUUAGAAUAAAGAAUAGCAAGGAACAUCAUCGUAUCAUACAUAAAAUAGUACAAUUGUAAAACAUACAUCGUAUUGUGCUGAUGUUCCGUGCUGCCUUGUGUUGUAAAGUGACGGAACAUUAUUAUGUGACUUGCACCUUUGUAAAUAUAAUGAAUUUCUCUUAAUGUGUUAAAAGAUCCGACGACAACAGGACAUAUCUGUUGAAACCGGUAAUCAACAGAAAAAUUUACAAGCGAUCUUGGCGUACCGCUUAUUUCAGAAUAAUAUAAGAUUUCCAUUCGAAUAAAAACCGAACGAGAGAUUAGUUGGAUGCAGCAGCUUCCAAGAACUGAAUCAUAUGGCUCUCGUAUCUCCGUGUCGAUAAGGACUGCCGCACAAAUGUACAAUGUUUCCAUCAUAUGAGCCUACCUCCGUACAGUCUGGCAGUCUUAGUACCCACCUGCAGGAGCGAACUGUUCACCGCAGAAUGUUCUUAUGUAAGGUCACAUCUUCGUGGAAAGUUUGAUUGAAAACAGAUCGCCCAGAAGCCAAGUAAACUAGACAGGUUUCGAAUUACAAGGUGCCUUUCCGCUAAGAAAUUAAUGAAACUCGUAACGUAAACUCAAACAUUUAUGAAAAACAUACAUUUCUAAACAAAAACAUUUUCGUGUGCCUGAGGACCAUAAAAAUAUUCGUUACCGUAGAAUUUUCUUUCAAAAAACUUGGAGUUGUGUACUCCGAUAGGGAAAACGUUUCGUUGCUUGCACAGAGACGUAUGAAGUAUUUGUGUAUAUUAGAAUAUUAUAUGAAUAAACAAACCUAUGUCUGCUGUUCUCAAUUAUACAAUAAGUUUAGAAUGGACAAAACAAUACUCCCUUCAGUAAAGACCUUUCACUAAAAAAAUAAGUAAUACCUCAUUUCCCUGUGAACAUUACUACUCUUGCGAAAAACUGGAAAUGUGCAUUGUACAGCGUCCAAAAGUACUCCGCUCUGUUUUACUUUUGAAGAUUUUCUACUGUUGUAUCGACGACUGAAACAACGAUGCACUGUAUCGAAUGCUUGGCGAUUACCAAAUUUCGCUCAGAUUUACUGUACUAAAUUCGCUAAAAUGCUUUACGAACUUUUCUACUGCACAAAAACUUAAUUUAAGCUGAUCACCUGAGAAAAUAAAACUACCAAAAUAAUACAGGGUAUUUUCAUGUUGGCACCGUCUUAGGCUAUAGAAACAUCUGAAAAAAUAGCUUUUAGGGAGCUUCAGGCAAGAGUUCUAGGGUAGCUGUUCUGUUCAAUGAUGGUCCUGUUUCACAUGUAGCUAGGGAUAGAAAUGUAAACACAAUAGGUGAAUCACUUGAUGUUUCAUAUAUUAAAAAGACUGAAAUCAUGCAGCAUUUACUGUACUGAUGGUAAGUUCCUACUGGAGUGAGAAAGUACUGUAUCGAAUGAAUGUGAAAGAGUAUCCGAGAUUUCUAUAUGUAAUAGAAAUAAUCAUUGUGUUACCAGGCCUCGAAUGUGUAAAAAAUUGUACAUAUUAGAUUAAUUAGAACUAUUAAAACGAUUAAAAGAAA